UAUUUAUUGAAAAAUGGUGAAACAAUUUCUACAUCGGAAAAUACUGAACAUGCAAAUCGACGGUCUGCGACUAUGUGGAUUCUGGAGCCUCAAUCCUACGCUACCGGCUUAUGUCAAAAUUCUUUAUUACGUCUACAACAAAGUCGUUUUGAGCUUUGUGUUAAUUUUUAUCGGAACACUGACUGCAGAUUUGAUUAUUAAUUUUAAUGAUCUCUUAAUCGUUACCGAUGAUGGCUGUUAUCUUGCUGGAAUGAUGGUCAUAUUAUUCAAAAUAUAUAUAUUCAAUGAUAAACAAGAAAAAAUAAAUCAACUUGUCGAAAAAGUCUAUCAACCAAUAGAUAUAAUUGCUAAAUCGUCUGAUUCAGGAGUACGUAGCCGUUUGAGGAUUUCAAAUUUUUUAGAACAAUUAUUAUUUUAUUUUUUUAUUGGAUUAGCAAUAUUCCUUGCUUUUGCAUUACUUGUUUUGGUGCCAAGACAAGAUGGAGAGCUUCCAAUAAGAUCUGCAUUUCCAUUUAAUACAAAAAUAUCACCAAAACAUGAAAUUGGAUAUUUUUUACAAUCAGCAGCAAUUUGUUAUGGACUAUUUCUAAUUGUUUGCAUGGAUUCUAUGGUUACGGAAAUGGGCCGAUGGAUUAAUUUUCGAAUGAAAAUUUUAACUUCUAAUUUUCGAAUGUGUGACAGUAAACAACACGACAGGGGGGCAUUUUAUUCGACCGAUGCUACUUUCGAGUUUCUUAAAAAUACAAGUAUUUAUCAAAUCACCGAUGAACAUCAAAAGAUACGAUCAUUUAUACCGAUAAAGCUUGAUGAAGUAAAUAAUUUUGAAGAUUCUUAUCAAUUAAGAUUUAAAACUUGUCUGCAAAAUCAUCAAGACAUAAUCCAUGCUGUUGAUGAUUUAAACGCAAUUUUCGGUUCCAGUAUGCUCAUGCAGUUAUUCGCAAGUUUUUCCAUGAUUUGCCUUACUGGUUUUCAAGCUGUUUUAGGAUCAACCUCUAAAACGAGCCUUAUGAAAUUUGCUGUUUAUCUCGGUGCAGCAUUUUCUCAACUAGCAAACUGGUGUUGGAUUGGAAAUGAAAUAAGCUACGAGAGCACAAUUUUGUUUGAGAGUCAGUGGCUCUCAGGAUGGGAAAAGCAAAUAAGUGAUCCAUCCAUAAGAACACUAAUGACUAUUCCUUUGAUACGAACAAAAAAACCUCUUCAACUUAAGGCUGGAAAAUUUUAUACAAUGUCAAUGACGACUUUUACUGGGAUUUUACGAAAUUCUUAUCAAUUUUUUGCACUUUUAACAACUGCAACUGAUGCGCAACGUCAGUGAUUUCAAUAUUUUCCUCAUCGAAAAGAAACAACUUUUUUUUUUCUUUCG